UGGGCUCCGAGCUGAGUGUUCCUUGUACCGACCGCCACGGCCGCUGCCAUGUCCCCCAGGGGACGCAUUGCCGGGGCCGGCUCCGGAGCUGCCGCUUCACGGCUUUGAAGACUGCAGAUGAAGACACACAUUCUAAACAUUUAAGCAUAUUAAAAAUAUUAAUACUCAUGGAAGAGGCACAAGACUUACCAGAACAACCUGUGAAAAAGGCCAAGAUGCAGGAAUCUGGAGAACAAAACUUAAGUCAAGUGAGCACCACAGAAGUCAGUGAUCAGAAAUCUGAAUCUUCAAGCCUUGGCCCAAACCUUCCCAUGUCAAGUGAAAUUCUGACAUGCACUGAUUACAUCCCAAGGUCACCAAAUGACUAUACCUCACAGCUAUAUUCUGCAAAGCCAUAUGCACAUAUCCUUUCUGUACCUAUAUCAGAAACGAUGACCCCUUAUCCUGGUCAGACUCAGUACCAAGCGCUACAGCAGACUCAGCCCUAUGCCAUCUACCCUCAGACAACCCAGACCUACGGACUACCUCCUUUUGGUGCACUGUGGCCAGGUAUGAAACCUGAAAGUGGUUUAAUUCAGACUCCAUCUCCAAGUCAGCACAAUGUUCUUACCUGCACUACAGGGUUAACCACAAGCCAGUCCUGCCCAGCACAUUAUUCUUAUCCUAUUCAAGCAUCAACUACCAAUGCUAGCCCAGUCUCCACGUCCUCGACUGUUGUCAAUAUUUCAACACCAGCUGUAGCCAGCAUCUCGCACCAGGAAUAUCCUACCUACACAAUUCUUGGCCAAAGCCAGUACCAGCCAUGCUACCCAAGUUCUGGCUUCGGGGUUAUAGCGCCAGCAGACAGCAGCAUGGAGAGUACCAUGUUAGCAACCACCACAUAUCCAAUUGAAAAAGCAAAUGCCAUGGUGCCUACGCGGACGGCGCAUAGACAUUUAUCUGGAGAUCCAUCCACAAGUCCAUCUUUGCCAAGAGCAACAGCCAGUAAAGAGUUAGAUGAGCAGACUAGGAAAAACAUGGCUGGGAAAAACAGGGGCAAGAGGAAAGCAGAUGCCUCCUCCCCUCAGGACAGUGAACUGGAACGAGUGUUUCUAUGGGACUUGGAUGAGACCAUCAUCAUUUUCCAUUCCCUUCUCACAGGGUCGUACGCCCAGAAAUAUGGAAAGGACCCAACUCUAGUGAUUGGUUCAGGUCUGACAAUGGAGGAGAUGAUUUUUGAAGUGGCCGACACACACUUAUUUUUCAAUGACUUAGAGGAGUGUGACCAGGUGCACGUAGAAGAUGUUGCAUCAGAUGACAAUGGACAAGACUUAAGUAACUACAGUUUCUCCACGGAUGGCUUCAGUGGCUCAGGAAGCAACGCAAAUAACAGCUCCACCGUGGGGGCGCAGGGAGGAGUGGACUGGAUGAGAAAACUGGCUUUCCGCUACCGCAGAGUACGAGAGAUCUAUGACAAGCACAAAAGCAACGUUGGAGGCCUCCUCAGCCCACAGAAGAGGGAAGCUUUGCAGAGACUACGGGCUGAUAUAGAAGUAUUAACGGAUUCCUGGCUGGGAACUGCAUUAAAAUCCCUACUUCUCAUACAGUCCAGAAAAAAUUGUGUGAAUGUCCUGAUCACGACGACACAGCUGGUGCCAGCUCUUGCCAAAGUUCUCUUGUACGGCUUGGGAGAAGUGUUCCCCAUUGAAAAUAUUUAUAGUGCUACAAAAAUAGGUAAAGAGAGCUGUUUUGAGAGGAUUGUGUCACGAUUUGGAAAGAAAGUAACAUACGUGGUGAUCGGAGAUGGGCGCGAUGAAGAGAUAGCAGCUAAACAGCACAACAUGCCCUUCUGGAGGAUCACGAACCAUGCAGACCUUGUGUCCCUUCACCAGGCCCUCGAGCUAGACUUCCUGUAAGAAGCUGAGAAGAGCAAAUGUAGCUCCUUUCAAGCCCCUCUCCAGGAGGGGCAGAAAUCUUGUCUAUCUGGGAGCUUUCUUUUCACCUUGAUGAAGAAAUGUAGCUUAUGCAAACUCUACAGUAGGAGGUGACACCCAGUCACUUCCUCGGGAGCACGGGUACUGCCAGGUACAAAGGGGUUUACCCAAAGCAGCAGACACAGUAUAGCUACAGUCUUUAAUUGUUCUCUGUUUUCUAAAGAAGGGAAUGGCUGAGGUUAAGGAGCUCUAGUUGGUAAUCUCCAGAGAUUCACUGUGCAUAUCCUUGUGGUAAUAUAAUAGCAGCAGACUUUUGUAAGAUCCCUCUCCCAUUCUAACCAACGUAGUUAUAGACCCCACAGUGAAUGUAUAGACAUUAUUUUUAUAGAAAAGAGUCUAGCAUCUGGGGCAGGGUUGAACUUUCCCCAUCUUGCAAGGCCAAAAAGUCUGUUAAUUUUUCAUGGGAAAUAUUAAUGAAAAUGACAAAUAUACCUCUGUCACUGUGCAAAUGAGCCCCUCCCCCGCCCCGUCUGUUCAGAAGAGUUAAUUUAGUGCCAUUUCUUUAGAUUGUUUUGUUCCAAGGCAGCUUCACUGAAUAGUAACAAGGGAGAAGGGCAUGUAUCCAGGACUUGUAGUUCCCCGUAUAGGAAAAGAUCGGCUUUCCUAGUGAACCCUUGGGUCUCUAUUCAGUCACCACAGACCCCUUCCCCUGGGCCCUGUCUCCCAGCUAAGAAUUACCAAUUUCUAGCCUCGCUAAUGGCCAGUGAUCUGGACUACAGAGUGAUGGGCGCUAUAGGAACAUGCUGUAUUUCAUUCAGCGCUGCUGAUGUGGUGGGAGGUUCUUCACUUGGCCACCAGUGAUUUAAGGCACAAUUAUUCUUUCAAAUUAUAUUAGGAAAAGAAAUGUCAAUGGGCUUUCUGGGCUGUUUCUUCCAGUUCCAUCCGUGUCCAUUAAGUUCCUGUUGGCAGAAUCAGGUUCAGUUGCUUGGAUUUCUCUUUCCACUACACUACAGCUCCAGUUACACCCAACAAAAAUCCAUUUGUCAGUGGAAUUCUGUUUUCUAGGACAACUGAGACCGAGAGCCACUAGCAAUGAGUGGAGACACUCACCCACCCACCCCCACUGCACCCAGACACGGAUUGUAGCUACAUUGACCUUUCUGCUAGGGCGUAAGUGACAUCAACUCCCAGUGAGAAGACCUGUAUCUUAGCACCACCCUGCUCAGUACCAGCCAUGUGUUAGACCUUGGAGAUUGUCACCUCCAAGUCAGGGGCUUCAUGUCAGAGGCCAGUUCCAGUGUUAGCUGCAGGGCUUUGUUCUGCAUAGCUCUCCCCAUCCCAUGUGAAAUUCUUCUGACUCUUUCCUAAGCAUGUGCCAUGGCAGCACCUGAACAUGUAGCUACUCGGAGGUUCCUGUGUACAAUGUAGGAGCCUCUCAUGCCCAGCAGCAACGCAUCCUCUCUGCUGUUCGUGCUCAGCUGGGAUACGAAAGGUUUGAGGUAUCGAGAGGAUCCCAUCUUUAGACAUCCUGAGCUCCCUAGACAGCCCUUGAUCCCUGAUCUGGAACCUGUAGAGGGGAUGGUCUGGGAAGCUCAGCACUUCACUCCAAAGAGCUACGCACUGAGAGGGACACUGAGCAGCUGCAUGUUUUGGCCAUAGCUACCAAAGUGUCUGUCCUACUCCCCCAUGCCAUCAAGCUCAUGCAUUUCUAAGGAAAUCCACUGGCAGCAAGCCCUGUCUGUGCCAGAGACACUUUCUGAGAAUUCGGCAUUAUGGCUAGCACCAGCUCAGCUGCACGGGUGUUGGCAGUGCCGGAGCCUCCUGUGGAGAGCCCGCUGGCUGCUGCCACUGUUCUAAGCACUGUCAGCUCUGAACAGGGUCAGGAGAAACAAUGACUGAAAAACUGGUGGCAAGCAGGUGGCCCCUCUAGACUAGGGCUCCCCACCCUGCUAACCCUGGGACAGCUGGAUGGGUUUGCUAAUCUAGGCAGAGCCAAAGUGGUGAGAACUGGGAAAGCAUGGGGGUCUCUGGAUUUCAGGUAUAUUUAGAUCUUUGACCUCCUUGAUCAAACAACAAAUAAGCAAUGUCAUCUCCCAACUGCCAAAGGGAGCUCUGGGACUAGGAGCCUGCCUUUCUUGUAAUAUCCACUCACUAGGCACUAGCUUUGCACUCUGACCUUAAGCUGAUAUACUCCAGAGCUGGGUGCAUUUGUAGCUGGCUCCCCAGGAGACUUCUUCCAUGUGUUUAGUGCCGUGUACAUAGAAACCAUUCAGUCUGGGAAGCAUCUUCCCUGGUAGAGAAUCUGUGACGCCAGUUUCAACAGUGAGUAGUUACUUUAUGGCUCAUUAUAUGGGAAUUGUCCUAAUGUUUGGAAAUACAUCUGUAUUUGUAACUACUGCUCUGUUCCCUGCAUUGGCGGCCUGAGGGAAGCUGCCUGGUCAUGUAGUGUUCAGA